CGUCCCGUCCCUUUGGCGGCGGGUGGCUUGGCGAGCAUGUGAACUCCGAGCAUCACCACAUCUCUCUCUCCUUCAAGAUGAGAUUACCGCUUGGCCUUCGGGAAUUGCACGAGGAGGCGGGCAGAUAUAGCGUAUUGUUCACAUGGAAUUGAUGGAGAUGCUAAGAUGACAUACAGCUGUGUUGCAGCGGAACGUGUGCGUCGGCGGCCAUGUCGGGCCCGUAUGGCGAACAAGCACCUGUGGACUCCCCACGAGCAACAGAUGUGAGCUUCCACCGGGUCGGAGAUCACAAUGGGGAGGCCAGCUCGCAAGCGCGGUCUCACUCCUCUGGCUCGAAGGGUAAGGAGAGGGAAGAAAGGGGCAGUUAUGACGGCCCUACCAUCCGCAAGGAGCGACCAGCCAGAGAUAGGACGUCUGGUGGCUUUCUGCUCGAAACGAGUCUGCCGAAUGGUGCUCCGCACGGAACAUCGUCAGGCGUUGGCGAUAAGCGAAGGAGCGCGCCCAAUGGCCCAUUGUACGUCGACAAGAGAAGGAGGCACGCUGGUGCGCGGAUGUCUGCCGAGUCAUCGCUAGGCAGCUCGCCGCUUUCACGCGAGGUGUCUAUGGAUGGUGCAAUGAAUGAGGAUAGACCGCAGAGUGCGCCAGGGCUGGACCCGGCGCAGCUGGUGCAGAUGGCGCUAGAUCUGAGCGAGAGUCGCAGGAGGCACGUGAGUGGGCCAUUGCGGGUGCCACUGUCUCCCAAGGACAGUCGGCGCAGCUCUGCAAGACAACGUAUCAGCUACAUGGCCAACGACUCGUCUCGCGUACCUUCUGGACAGUUGCAUGAGCCACUUUCGGUCGCGGACGACGGGAUACGGAUGGCCACCGAGACGCAACUCAAACCAUCUCCGGCGACGCUUUCGCGAGCUGAGAAAGCGCGCAAAUACUUCGAGCUAGCUAGCGAGCAUCGACGCCUUCUGCAUCACCUGCCACCACUUAAGCCUGACUCCACUGCGAAAGGAAACCACAGCAUCUCUACAGCGAACAGCCCUGGAAGUACGUAUCCGGAGAUCACUAGGACACCUACGCAUGCGGGCGCCACGCAUGACCUCGGACGACCCUACAAUCCGCUCCAAGCUCUUCGAAACCGUAGAUUACGGAACCGAGAGCGACAAGUGUUACCGGCUCCACCAGAGGCGUGGCAAGAUGUGGAUGCAAUUGGCAGAUGGAUCGAUGAGGUGGAGAAGGCAACUCGCCACCCAUUGUUCCGCGAGACUCGAGACACCAUCACCUUACCACGCUUUCACGGCGACAUCCGAGGCUCUGACACCAAUCAGGACGCUAUCAAAGGCCACCGCCGGACAGAUACCGCCAGCUCCGUCCUAACAAGACCCGAGAACGGAUGGAGCAUCGAGCCUUGCGAGUUGCUUGCUGACACCUACUGGACGGAGAAAGGCAGCAAUAGGUACCUGUUGGAGUCUUCUCGUGGCUCGCCUGUAUUUCCCAGGCACGCUCGCCAUAGUGUUGAGAAAGUUCGGGUGUCGCAAGAUGGGCACGGAGAGUCUCCCGCGACCCCACAAGGAAACCGGGACGAUGCCGACCAUGUGCCAUUCCACAAGCGUGCCCAUCGUGCAACACACCUGUUACCGAGACGCACACGACCAAGUCGCCUGGCUCGCUCUGGGAGCAACUCAAGCGUCUCUUCGGAUGGCCGUCCAACACCGAUGCCUCUGCGACCAGAAGACGACAGUACCGGCAUCCUCAAUAUUGGACCGUUGGAGAAGCACAUGCGGCAGAUGAUCGCUAGGGAUGAACGCGGCGAGCUGACGUCGCCUGAGCUGGUCUCACCUGAUCACUGGGACUCCAAGCACACUGUAUUUCCAAUACUACAUAGCGAAGCUGGGCGCCCACGGAGGGAGUCGGUCGCUCGCGCCAAUGGCAGGUUAUCAGUCGGCCCGGUACCCAGCCAUCACCGCAGGGCGAAGUCGGCAGACGGGAGGAUGGACGGCAGAGUCUCGACCGAGAUACUUGAGCUAUCGCACGCUGACUCCCUCUCACCUGUUGCUCCAGGCUCAGCUUCGCCACGAGAAGCCGGCCUCUCUUUUACGACGAAGCGUAACGAACAUUCCAAGCGAUUGCACCGUCUACCGCUGUUCCGCGCAGAUAGCCGGGACCGACCCAGCGAUCAGACAGAGCGUAUGGACUUCGCCAACGGCGCCGACCAUCUGCAUCGCGACAUUCCGCAGCCCGAGCCACGCUCAAGUCAAGAGUCUACACGGCCGUUGGGCGUGCAGCGGCAUGUUACCGCAGACAGCACGCAUAGCCUGCGACGACAGGGUACGUCUACUACAGCGUCUGGAUCUAGUCGAGAGCCUGGGUCAGCAGUGGGUCGUUUCUUCAAAGGCGGCAGGAUCGGGGAGAUGGUGAGAAGUGAAGGGGCGCGGUUUAGCGACCGCUUCCGGAACAAGGACCGGAUGGAUGAUGUCCUGCCCGUCUCCGAAGAGUCCGCCUUGUCGCAUGGCUCUGACGACGAGACGGCAGCCGGCGAAGCUGUGGAUGUUGAUCCCAGUCCGCGGACUUCGAUCGAUCAACGGCGCAGCAGACCGAGGUAUAACUUGCAGCAUCUGCCCAGUUUCAAGCACCCGCUUGGCCGCAACAGCGCUAAUUUGGCGCCGCCGACGCGAGACGGCGACCCGAUCACUCGACAGCAACGGGCUCAGCGCGAGGCCGGACGCUCGCCUCGCUUCGACCGGCUGGCACCUCCUCGCAUCAAUCUACCUGCAGACGAAGAGUCGCCGCUGUCCACAACAAGGUCCGGCGUUUUUGGAGACUAUGACCGCCGCAAAAGCUAUGGCUUCCUAGGAGCUCGCUCUCGAGACGGCUCACAUACCUCCCUCGGUACCCCUGGAGAAAUGCACCCGAACAACCACCUGGCUCCCACGACCGGACUCACCAAAUUGCAAAGCGACAGUCGACACCGACACUGGAGCAUCUCUGACCGCAUGCCACAGCCGGAGGAGGUCAACCAUCGCAUGACCAUGCGUGACGUCGCUCGGGUGAAGGCUCUGCUGUUGUCCUCGGGCGUCAAGGCGAGAGAAUUAUUGCGACAGGCUGACAGCCCUCGUGCCAAGCCUUUGCCGCUGUACCACAAUGUCGCCGCGUUCUUAGAGAUCCCCAUGACAGACGUGCCGCUCCGGGAAGAGCACGUUAUCGCCUCCCGCAAGCUCGCCGACUAUCUCUCGUCAUCCCUCUCCGCCUUCGACAGCAGUAUUCGUUCCUUUGAGCACGGCCCGGCGAAGGAAAUCGAUGACCGGCUGAGUGCGCUGCAGAGGAGGGCGAUGGACGACCUCACGUCGACGGUGCAGAACACAUCCGACGAAGCGGACGCCUUCAACGUUGAGCUCACCACCAAGGCUCCGCAGGACGUCAAGCGGGUGGAUGAUGCGAUUGACGACAUUCUACGCGAGCGCCGCCGGCAGUGGAGGUUGCUGCGGCGGACGGGUUUCAAAUUGCUCGAGUGGUUGGUGUUGGGGAUCAUGUGGUGGGUAUGGUUUGUCGUGAUGAUCUUCAAGACGUUUCAGAGGGCGUUUAUAGCUUUGCUGAGGGUGGUGAAGUGGCUUUUGUGGUUUUGAAAGGCUUGGUUGAUAUUGGAUGAUACCCUGUAUUUUGCGCGGUUCUGCGUUCGGCGAGGCACAGAUGUGAGACUGAUAUAGCAUGUCGUAUCUUUUGCCGUUGAUUGAGAGGUAAUUCCUGAUACUUGGCAUUGGCCGUACGACCGCGUUUAUGCAAGCUAUCCACGUAAAUUACAGGAGGUGCAAUUGAGGCGUCGGUAUGGGUACGGAUGUUGUCGAGAAAUUUUUAUACUAUACUCGCUUAUUAGGAUAAUCUGGCUCUUA